UACAACUGACAGGGUGUACCUUCAAUUUGUGUCAAAUCGACUUGUCAUACAAACGUUCUAUUACCCAUCAGUGUAUAAAAUUAAACAGAGAAAAUUCGGAAAAUGGCGGAAUACGUUCGCGACACCAUUUUUAUCCUCAAAGUCUUUGAACUGAGUAUAUUGGUCAUGAUUUGGUUAGUUGGGGCCGCGAUAAUUCAAUCAGGCGUGUUUUGUUGCUGGUAUUGGGGCCUGGUGAUGCUCCUGGCCGGGUUAUGGACGCCUACAUACCUCACCGGCAUUAUGAUCUGGUACCACUCAAACAAGGACUACAUCCCAUCGUUAAUUUUCAACGCAUUGCUAACCAUGCUUUCUGGGGUGUCUUUGAUUGUGGGCUCCUUGGGGUACUUCGUCUAUCCACAUGGUAUAGUCGUCAAAGAAAUCACCUAUGGUUUGGAGACGAUACACUGUGGCAUUGGGUCCUUUUUAUUCGCUGCGUCUACAGUGGCUUUGGCAAUGUGGUUUUUCGCGGAUGCCAUGUACACCUUAUACUACUACCUCACUCUGGAGGAGGAAGAAGACCGCAAUGAGAAAUAAUGCUCUAUAUGAUUAUGCAAUAAUUGAAAAUUUCGCGUGAAGAUUCGCGAGUAAAAUUUAUACUUGAGUAAAAUUUUCCAGUGCUUUGUGGGAGGAUUUCUUCAUGAUGGAAUAGUUGUAAUCAGGCAAUUAUUCACGUGGUGUUGGCAAAAUUUCGCAAGACGCGUCGUGCCUUUAUUGUCCAUUGUGCCCGCGCCGGAGAGAUGCGCGAUGCAAACGAGCGUCAGUAUUAUUUAACAUCCAAUCAGUUCGUUCAGCUCAUCGCCGUAAAUCGCGACCGCACGGCGGAGAAGCGCGCGCGCGCGCGCCAAGCGAAAACACGUCCGCCGUGAUUUACUAAUGUAAUAAAUUAUACGAUUUUGUAAAUCACGACGCGGCAUUAAACGAUCCGUACGUUCGGCGCA